GGCGCCGGAGCGGGCGACGUCGGCUGGGCGCGUGGCAUGAACCUGGAGGGCGAGCGCGGCAUCCACAGCACCAGCGAGGGCGGCGGCGGCGGCGGGAUGAGCUCGGUGAGCUGCGGCAACGGGAAACUCCGCCAGUGGCUGAUCGAGCAGAUUGACAGCGGCAAGUACCCGGGCCUGGUGUGGGAGAACGACGAGAAGAGCAUCUUCCGCAUCCCCUGGAAGCACGCGGGCAAGCAGGACUACAAUCGAGAGGAGGACGCCGCUCUUUUCAAGGCUUGGGCUCUGUUUAAAGGGAAGUUCAGAGAAGGCAUUGAUAAGCCAGAUCCCCCCACCUGGAAAACAAGACUGCGGUGUGCUUUGAACAAGAGCAAUGACUUUGAAGAACUCGUUGAAAGAAGCCAGCUGGAUAUAUCAGACCCCUAUAAAGUGUACAGAAUAGUACCAGAAGGAGCAAAGAAAGGAGCAAAACAGCUUAGCAUGGAAGAUCCCCAAAUGAUUAUGAAUAAUACUUACACCAUGAACUCGUCUUACUCUGCACUACCACCUCAGGUGCCAAGCUACAUGGUGUCUCAUGACCGUAAUUGGAGGGACUAUAUGCCAGAGCAGUCACACCCCGAUAUCUCCUACCAGUGUGCAAGUGUUCCUUUUGCAGCUCGCAACCACCAUUGGCAAAGCCCAGCAUGUCAGAACGGUUGUCAGGUAACUGGAACCUUUUACGCUUGUGCGCCACCCGAGGCACAGACUCCUGGGAUCCCAAUAGAGCCGAGCAUAAGGUCUGGUGAAGCUCUUCCAUUGUCAGAUUGUCGACUGCACAUCUGUCUAUAUUACCACGAAACUCUUGUGAAAGAAGUCACUACUUCAAGUCCUGAGGGGUGCAGAAUAUCUCAUGGCCAAAGUUAUGAGGUCAGCGGGCUGGACCAAGUUCUUUUCCCUUAUCCGGAAGAUCACAACCAGAGGAAAAUAACUGAAAAAUCCUUAAGCCACCUGGAAAGGGGAGUAAUACUCUGGAUGACACCUGACGGACUCUAUGCUAAGAGACUUUGCCAAAGCAGGAUCUAUUGGGAUGGUCCUCUGGCAUUUUGCAACGACAGGCCUAACAAACUGGAAAGGGAGCAGACAUGCAAACUUUUUGAUACUCAGCAGUUUUUGUCAGAACUACAAGUAUUUGCCCACCAUGGGCGGCCGUUGCCUAGAUUCCAGAUUGUGUUGUGUUUCGGUGAAGAGUUUCCAGAUCCACAAAGGCAAAGGAAACAAAUUACAGCCCAUGUUGAGCCCAUGUUUGCAAGGCAGCUAUACUACUUUGCACAGCAAAACACCGGACCUUUCCUAAGAGGCUAUGAUAUACCAGAACAAGUCACCAGUUCAGAAGACUACCAUCGAGCUCUCCAUCAUUCCUCUGUUCCAGAAUAAGCAUGUGAAAAUCGGUGCCUUGAAGCAUCGUGUUGGAUGUUAUGCCUAAUGCAAGAAUCGUUGGUUCACAGCUACGUGUUAUAAGUAAAUGCUUGGAUUUCCCCAGGGAAAUGAACAACAACAACAAUUAAGUUCAAAGAAUGGUUGUGGUCAAGCCUAAAAAUAUAUUACAAUGGACAUACGCUCUCCUCCCUCCUUUUUUUGGAUUGCUGUACCUCAGAUUCUAACACUGGGGUUAGCGGUGGAAACUGACAAAAUACUUCCUAUGUUUACAUUUUCUUAAAGGGAGGCAGUGUCUUAUAGAUGACUUGAACUUAUUUCAGACUCUUAAUUAUUUAUUUGAUUAGACAUCUCAGGGCAAGAAUUCCUAGACCGAAGCAGAAGCUUACUUAAGAUAUAAGGGGGUACUCAAAAGCACAUUAUUCAACGAAAUGGAAUUAUUCUGUAAUUUUUAUAAGUAUACUAUUUCAAAAACAUCUAUAUAGUCUUUAAAGAAAGUUGCAGUGUACAGGUGUAUGGUUGUUGUUUUUUUAAGAACUAUAAUUUCUGACAUUU